GUUUGAGAUAAUACAUUAGACAACUUGACGCUGCUGCUAACAUAGUGUGUUCCUGGAAAGUGUGUAGAUUUUUAUUUAAUUUGGGCUUUCUGCCUUUGUCGUAGUAAUACGACUCGUUAGAGCGACGUUAGGUGGGUUGCUGAAAGAGAUGCAGGGUGGGACGAAUUCAUAACUGGACGUUUUAAAAACGAUCACUCCCCGUCCAGUUGUUAUGGAGCAGCCACCUGGGAGCUUAGAUGAUCUACAGCCUCAGGACCUCUCCACCUCCAGCCUCCCCACUGUGAUUGACCUGACCAGGAAUGGUGAGGAUUGUGUCCUCAACAGCACAUCCCUCAAUGCACUGCAGAUGGUCAAGAGCCCCGGCUGGUACCCAAACACAGGGGCCAGCAACCCUGGAUUACCCUUAUCAGAGACCGGCACCUCGGACAGCACUCUCCAAUCAAGGGAUGGACCAGACAAUGCCUUCUCCCACACUACAGUCACCCUCUCCUACGUGAGCAGGUCUCACGUCUUCUCCGCUCACGACUCCCUGUCUCAGCGUUCGCCUGUAUAUGGUGUGCCACCUAUAAGCAAGUUUUCCGUCCACUCUCCUUGUGACUCAGAUGAAGGACUCGGGGAUACUGGCUAUGCACUGAACCAGCAUUACUUGGUUGGUGGGCCCCUGGAACUCGCCUCAACUCAGAGAGAACUUUUUCAAUCAUUGUCUCAGGCUCAGAUGAGACCAGAGAACGAAUGUUUAACGAACGAGCCUCAAGAGUUAAAUGGUGGAGUCAUUUAUAGCGACAAGGAUGUGGAUAAGCGUGUAAUAGGCGAAGAGGAAAACGGCCUUUUUUGGAAAAAGAACGGUGGUUUAGAGAAUGGACAGGACGAUAGCUUUUCGAGUUCAGGAGUAUGUGCUGAACCCUCACCGGAGACACUCACCCCAGCCACGGGGGAGGAUGUGCUCUUUCUUAUGUCUAAAAAACAGGACACAGCGGUCGUCCCAGACAGAGUGGGUGCUACUAGAGACCUGUAUUCACUAAGCAGGGAGUACAUCAGUCCUUUGGAGGACCCUGUCUCCCCCUCCGCUACCUCACUAGACAAUGUGGAGGACGUGUUAAUCCUGCCUCAGGCCUCAAGCUCACCUAGUGGCGACAACUCUUAUCUAGAGACAACGGAUGAGGAGGUUGCGUGGGAUGGCUUGAGGACAAAGGGGGCCACUGAGCCAGGCUCUGGCAUCAACAAUGGGUUAGAUUCAAGUGCUGAAAACAGGCAGCCCGUCCAUAGACGGAAGGCAGUUUUGGAGCCUUUGAUUGACUUGACAGAUGAUUUGUGUGUGUCAGAUGUUUCGGGAAACAAACCCAAGACUGCCAUCCCUCACAUGAACGGGAAUGCAAAGGCACUACAGAGAACUUUAAAAGAAAAGAAGCUGCCGGCGCGUUCCGGGAGAGGAACUCGGCUAGAGGCUAUAGUAAUGAACAUAAAUUCGAGCAGGUAUAAAGUGUCGGGAUGCAUACGCACCAAUAAGAAAGCAAAAGCUUCCCAGUCAACAGCUCGUGAUUCAGCCAGUCCUAAGAGGAGUGACACCCUAUCAGUAGAAAAAAGGAAAAGCAGGGCCAAAGUAAAAACCAUGAAACAAAAAGCCGUAACUUCAAUAAAAAUGGAUAAAACUAAAAACAUUAAAACUUGCAAAGUUUCUACCUCUGAUUCUGAAAUCAAUCAUUCUAAAAAGUCUAACGGCAGCACAUGUCCAAAACGCCCUCAGUUUGUGCACAAGAAGUCCAACAAGGUGCAAGAGGAUGUUUCACAUCCAGCGCACUCACGACAGGUUAGCCCUGUGAAUUCUAAACGAAAACCAUCUUCAAAGUCAAGUCCUCAGUAUGUGCACAAAACCCCAAAGGAACCAGAGCAUCUUUUUUACCCUGACCCCUUAAUGGACAUUCCCAUGGCACGAUUUCCACCACCACCACCACCACCACCAUUAUCAAAAUCUCCAAAGAAAAGCCAAGGCAAAGCCAAACGCAAGGCUACAGGUAGCAGAACAUCUCCCACUGCCAAGACGAAAGGGGCUGGCACGUUCAAGAGGAGGCAAAAGAAACCCAAAUGGAGCCAGGUUCCCUCAAUGUUCUCCCCCAAGGAGCCGGAGAUCAAGUUGAAGUACGUCAACUACAAGGAGGAGAAAAGGGACUUUCGGUUAGACAGUUUCUCUCCAUUCGUCCGUGUAAAGCAUCAGCAGUUGACGUCAUCCCUGUGUACUGUAAUAAACUACCCCGAGGAGGUAAGGACACCACAGAAGAAGGGCCAACAUCCGCAGGCUCACCCCUGUGGCUUCAGUUCCGCAGUUGUACCCUGCACUUCCUGUCUGCAGCUGGGCCGAGCAUCCACGGACAGCCAGCAUCAGCGCGCUUUCGUCUGCUGCCUGUGUGGGCAAGCUGCCAACGCCAUGGACCUGGGGGACCUCCACGGUCCCUAUUACCCGGAAGGGUAUCAACCGAGCACCAAAAGACCAGCCGGCGUGUUGGGCCUCAAAGAGGAUGAGGACGACUACAGCAAUUCAGACUCUUCUUCGUCCUGGAGUAUCAGAGGCAGGGGGAGGAAGUGCGCCAAUCCACCUGUACCCCGGGCCCUCAGGCCAGGGGCUCACCUGAAGCAGAAGGGCCUCCUGAAGAGCCAGCGGUGGACUGCUGACAAUACUGGCAGCCCUGCAGCCAAGCGGGCUCGGUCAGACGCUGACUCUGUCGAUGUGGAGGACUGGUACAGCCCCCCUGUGCUGCCUCUGGAUCCCUGUGAAUACUGGCUCCAUGAAGACUGCGGCAUCUGGUCCGCAGGGGUCUUCCUUGUCAAGGGCAAAGUCUACGGACUGGAGGAGGCUGUCAAGGUGGCCCAGGAGACGAUGUGUACGGCGUGCAGCGACCCGGGCGCUACACUGGGCUGCUUCUUCAAAGUCUGUCCCAACAAGUACCACUACAGGUGUGCUCUGGAGUCAGCAGACUGUGUACUUAUUGAAGAAAACCUUUCCAUGAAGUGUAAAAAGCACAAGAACAAGACAUUGAAAGCCCCCCCCGGGAACCGAUGGGAUGACAGGUGACAAGUUAGCAGAACCCACAUAAGACAUCUGCAUGCAACAUCCUACAGGGGCUGUCCUUCCCCUUCUGCUGGUAACCGUGGCAACUGUGGACCAGGGUUCUUCUCACUGACAACUAGCACCCGUAAACCUUAACUUCACCCUCUGACACUGGCUGGAGGCAACCAGUCCCGGAAACCCCCCC